GCCUGCAACCCACUCGACCAACCCAUUUCUCAACUUUCUCGAGAUUUACCCUACAUUGCUGUCAUCAUUAACUAUUGGCUCGGCAUUCCCGUACUCAAAUGACCGUCCACCUAUGACACCGACAUCGCAAAUCACUGUAACUCCUGCUGGACGCACCAACCCAUUUUCUGUGCUUUGUGCAUACAAAGCAGUGCAUGCCCGAGGAACCCUACACAUGGUCACGUUUGUUACGGUGAACGAAUAUCUUUGGUUACUGCAUGGUCAGUAGAAAGAUGAGCGUCUUAGGAAAACCGGCAAUGUAUUAUCUUGCCGCCACUGUCGGUGAUUGCUUUUUACCGCAGCAGAGAUUGUCGGAACACAAGAUACAAUCUGGAAAGGGCAAUCUCUCCAUAGAAAUUGUUCAAGUACCGAAGAUCUUAAAGCCGCUUGUGAAUGGAACCCGGAAGACAUACUAGGGGGCUUUGUAGUGUUGUGGGCAAAACUAGUUGUGCCUGACAGAUGGCAGAACUCUGGAAAGCCCGGACAUUUGUUAUGAACAAAACAGGCGAUGAUGGUGAUCAAGUUCUCUUU